AUGGAUCUUAAUGAAUCCAAGAAUAAGACCCAAAAGAUUGUCAUUGUUGGAGCUGGAAUAUCUGGAGUGGGAGCAGCCAGAAAGCUGCUGAAACAAGGAUUGACUGAUGUGCAGAUAAUUGAGGCAUCAAGCCAACCUGGAGGACGGAUCAGAGGCUCUCCGUUUGGCAAAUCAGUGGUACCUGAAGGAGCCCAGUACAUUCAUGGGGCAAGCAUGAAGAAUCCCAUUUUUCAACUAGCCAAAGAGUAUGACCUUCUCCAGGAAAUAUACAACAUGUCUGGUGCUGAGUGGUCAGUGUUCACCAACACUCAGAAACAGCUUGAUCAUGACUUUGUUGAGGAAAUGGUGAAUCUAACUAACUUUCUGAGGAAGCAAAUAGCCCUUCAUUCUCAAGGAAAGGGAUACGUGGAAGUUAGAAGCAUUGGUCAGGUCCUUGUGGAGGAAUUAAAGAAGGUCUUCUCAAACUGGACUGACGACUCUCCCAAUUUCAGGAGGCGAAAGCUCGGUUUCCUCAAUAUGAUGAUGAAGGAUGAAUGUUUAAAAUUUUCAUCACAAAAUCUGAAUGAUGUGUCUCUGCAGGAAUUUGGUGAAUAUGAAUAUAUUGGUGACGAGGAACUCAAUUCUCCACAAUUAUUUCUCAAAUUAAUCUCCAGUCUGGUGAAAGAGAUUCCAAGGGAGAAGCUGAUCCUGCAGAAGCCUGUUAAACAGAUCCAGUGGAAUGGAAGUUUUGAAUCAGAAGAUGGCACACUCUAUCCAGUUAGGGUGGUGUGUGAAGAUGGGGAUCACAUUCUAGCUGAUCACGUCAUUGUGACUGUUUCAUUGGGUUAUCUGAAAGCAGAAGCAAAGACCUUGUUCCAGCCAAGCCUUCCAGAGGACAAGUUGCAAGCGAUCAAACAUAUGGGCUUUGGUACAACAAAUAAGAUUUUCCUGGAGUAUGAGGUUCCGUUUUGGAACAGUUCGGAACACUGGUUUGGAUUGGUUUGGGAGGACGAAACCCCAUUUUCCGGCCUAAGACCAAACCUAGCUGAGUGGUGGAGACGCAUUUUUGCUUUUGAUGUGGUCCAUCCAAUAGAAAGAUAUGGGCAUAUCCUUUUGGGAUGGAGUUCUGGGAAAGAAGCUGAGUUUAUGGAAACACUCAGUGAAGAGGACCUAGUAUCAAACAUUACCAGGAUCCUAAGGCAAUUCACUGGAAAACCCAUACCACGGCCUAAAAAUGCUUUUGUGACAAAAUGGUUCAGUAACCCUUACACUCGGGGUUCCUACUCCCACAUAUCCAUCAAUUCAACUGGAGACAUGAUUGACACACUGGCUGAACCCUUACCACAGGAAGGAGACAAGGGACAUCCGAGAAAGAUUUUAUUUGCUGGCGAAGCAACACAUCGGAGCUACCACAGCACCAGCCAUGGAGCACUGCUGUCGGGCUGGAGGGAGGCUGAUCGACUGAUCAAUCACUACUCCACCAGUGAGGAAGAACAUCGUCAGACAAAUAAGUAAUUUAAA